UCAAGAGGUGAACUCAAGCAGUAGAAAGUUAGAGGUGAUAUUAUAGCACACACUAUGUGUAACUUUGCUGCUCUGUCAGCAGUUUCCUGUGGAGUUUUUCUAAUGUCAGUGUUUCCUGAAGAUCUUCAGGCUCAAAGAAUCAGUCCACCAGCUGAACUCUCAGUCAGACUGGUGGAUGGGACCACUUCCUGUUCUGGGAAAGUGGAAGUCUUCUUCAGAGGAGUGUGGUUGGGUCUAUGUCCUAGUUGGUGGAGCAUAAUGAAAGAGACUAAGGUUUUGUGUAGAGAGCUGAACUGUGGGAAUCCUGUAGCUGAAUCUAUUGGACCUCUGGUUGAGGAUGGAAGAAGAAGAGGAUUGUUUCUUUAUAGUUGUAGGGGAAAUGAGUCAUUGUUUAGACAGUGUGACAUCACAGGAGAACCUGGUUACUGCUUUGGUGAAUAUUAUCAUCAUGUCACCUGUUCAGAGUCUGUGCGGCUUGUGGAUGGAGCUGGUCUCUGCUCUGGGAGAGUGGAGGUGAAGUCCAAUCAGUCCUGGGCCUCAGUGUGUGAAGCUGACUUUGACCGGCAGGAUGCAGAGGUAGUCUGUGGGGAGCUUGGCUGUGGGGCUCCUGCAGCUCUACAGGGGGGGCUCUAUGGAGAAGGUGAGGGUCAGACCUGGGAUAAAGAGUUCCAGUGUAAAGGCAAAGAGUCCCUUCUCCUGGACUGUGACACCUCAGACAGAAAACACAACACCUGCCUACCUGGUAAUGCUGUUGGACUCACCUGCUCAGAGCCUCAUGAUGUGAGGCUGGUGGGAGGAGGCAGUCGCUGUGCUGGUGGAGUGGAGAGGUACAACCAGGGAGAGUGGAGGACUGUGGGAACUCUCUCUGACAAGAAGGCUAUAGCUGCAGUAGUGUGUAGACAGUUGGGUUGUGGCUCCACUCUUUCAGUACUAACUGGAAACACCACUAGAAGGUUUGGAGUUUCCUGUUCUGGGUCUGAGUCUUCACUGAGGGAGUGUUUGACAAGUUAUGAUCUCCAUCCUGGACUCACAGUGAUCUGCUCAGAUCUCCUGGUCCAGCCUGAUAUCUUCCUGACUGACCCAAUGGGAGGGCUCUCCAGGGGCCACCAGGGGCCUGAGAUGUUCAGGGGCUACAACUUCACCAUCACCUGCUCCACUCAGCCACAGUACCCAGGAGGCUCCUUCCUCCUCACGUUCACCGGCUCCAACAUACAGCAGAUCCAGCCAGCUGUCAAUCACUCUGCUGCCUUCCUCUUCCCUGCUGCAGAUGACUCCCACCAAGGGAACUACAGCUGUGUUUAUGACAAUUAUGUUUUCUCUCAUCACUUCUCCUCUGAGAGUGAGCUCCUCUCCCUCACCAUCACAGAUCUUCAGGCUCAAAGAAUCAGUCCACCAGCUGAACAAUCAGUCAGACUGGUGAAUGGGACCACUUCCUGUUCUGGGAAAGUGGAAGUCUUCUUCAGAGGAGUGUGGUUGGGUCUAUGUCCUAGUUGGUGGAGCAUAAUGAAAGAGACUAAGGUUUUGUGUAGAGAGCUGAACUGUGGGAAUCCUGUAGCUGAAUCUAUUGGACCUCUGGUUGAGGAUGGAAGAAGAAGAGGAUUGUUUCUUUAUAGUUGUAGGGGAAAUGAGUCAUUGUUUAGACAGUGUGACAUCACAGGAGAACCUGGUUACUGCUUUGGUGAAUAUUAUCAUCAUGUGACCUGUUCAGAGUCUGUGCGGCUUGUGGAUGGAGCUGGUCUCUGCUCUGGGAGAGUGGAGGUGAAGUCCAAUCAGUCCUGGGCCUCAGUGUGUGAAGCUGACUUUGACCGGCAGGAUGCAGAGGUAGUCUGUAGGGAUGUUGGCUGUGGGGCUCCUGCAGCUCUACAGGGGGGGCUCUUUGGAGAAGGUGAGGGUCAGACCUGGGAUAAAGAGUUUCAGUGUAAAGGCAAUGAGUCCCUUCUCCUGGACUGUGACACCUCAGACAGAAAAAACAACACCUGCCUACCUGGUAAUGCUGUUGUACUCACCUGCUCAGAGCCUGAUGAUGUGAGGCUGGUUGGACGGGGCAGUCGCUGUGCUGGUGGAGUGGAGAGGUACGACCAGGGAGAGUGGAGGACUGUGGGAACUCUCUCUGACGUGAAGGCUCUAGCUGCUGUUGUGUGUAGACAGCUGGGUUGUGGCUCCACUGUUUCAGUACCACCUGGAAACACCACUAGAGGGUUUGGAGUUUCCUGUUCUGGGUCUGAGUCUUCACUGAGGGAAUGUUCCAGAAGUUAUGAUCUCCAUCCUGGACUCACAGUGAUCUGCUCAGAUCUCCUGGUCCAGCCUGAUAUCUUCCUGACUGACUCAAUGGGAGGGGUCUCCAGGGGCCACCAGGGGCCUGAGACGUUAUGGGGCCACAGCUUCACCAUCACCUGCUCCACUCAGCCACAGUACCCAGGAGGCUCCUUCCUCCUCACGUUCACCGGCUCCAACAGAACCCAGACCCAGCCAGCUGUCAAUCACUCUGCUGCCUUCCUCUUCCCUGCUGCAGAUGACUCCCACCAAGGGAACUACAGCUGUGUUUAUGACAAUUAUGUUUUCUCUCAUCACUUCUCCUCUGAGAGUGAGCUCCUCUCCCUCAACAUCACAGAUCUCCAGGCUCAAAGCGUCAGUCCACUAGCUGAACUCUCAGUCAGACUGGUGAAUGGGACCACUUCCUGUUCUGGGACAGUGGAAGUCUUCUACAGAGGAGAGUGGUUGGGUCUAUGUCCUAGUUGGUGGAGCAUAAUGAAAGAGGCCAAGGUUGUGUGUAGAGAGCUGAACUGUGGGAAUCAUGUAGCUGAAUAUAUUGGACCUCUGGUUGAGGAUGGAAGAAGAAGAGGAUUGUUUAUUUAUAGUUGUAGGGGAAAUGAGACAUUGUUUAGACAGUGUGAGAUCAUAGAAGAACCUGGUGUCUGUGAUGGUGGAUAUUAUCGUCAUGUGAUCUGUUCAGGUAAGAGACUGGUCAUAUUGAGAGAUUUAUUUGUUCAUUAUAUAAUAUUACCAUGUAUCAUGUUUUAUGUGUUUUUUAGUUAAUUUAAUUAGAGGGAGAGAUGUUAGAUGUAUUUAAACAU